UGGAUAGAAAAAUGACGAGUGGAUAACGAAAACAUCAUCUCUGUUCUUUCCCUCGCGCUCUCUCACUAAAUCUUUCCAUGGCAGCCCCUUUGAGAGCACCACCACCAACCUCUCUUUCCUUCUUCUCUUCCUCUCUGUUUCAAAUUCCUAAACUAACUUCUCUCUCCAAGCCAAACAAUUCCUUCAAUUCUCAAUUUAAACGCCUCUCCAUCUCUUGCCAAACGGCAACCAUUCCAAUCCUCUCCUUCACUGGUGAAAAAAUCGGCGAAACCUUCUUAGAUCUCAAGUCCGCUCCUCCAGAAACCGCACGAGCCGUCGUUCACCGUGCUAUCAUCACUGACCAGCAGAACAAACGUCGAGGCACCGCCUCCACCCUCACUCGUGGAGAAGUUAGAGGUGGUGGUAGAAAACCUUACCCACAAAAGAAAACUGGCCGUGCUCGCCGUGGUUCCAACCGAACACCUCUCCGACCCGGUGGAGGAGUCAUUUUUGGUCCAAAGCCCAAAGAUUGGUCUAUAAGGAUUAACAAAAAGGAGAAAAGAUUGGCAAUUUCUACAGCAUUGUCGAGCGCGACGGAGAGUAUGAUUUGUGUCGAAGAAUUUGGGGAAAAUUUUGAGAAACCAAAGACAAAGGAGUUCAUUGCGGCUAUGAAACGGUGGGGAUUGGACCCAAAAGAGAAAGUUAUGUUUUUGAUGAUGGACGUUAAUGAUAAUCUUGGGUUAUCGAGUAGGAAUAUUGGGACUUUGAGAAUGUUGACUCCACGGACUUUGAAUUUGUUUGAUAUUUUGAAUUCUGAUAAGUUGGUUUUAACGCCAGAUGCUGUUGAUUUCUUGAACGGAAGGUAUGGAGUGGAUGUGGAGAUAGAGAGCGGAGAUGAUGAGGAAGAAGAGGGAGAAUCAGAAGAAGAAGGAGGUGAAGGAAUCGAAGCUGGUGAGGAUUCUACUGUGACAGAGUGAUGUGUAGAGUUUUGUAGCUGCCUUGACCUAGGGUUCAUGCCAACCCAUAUAUAAAAAUUUGGAGAGGAACCAUCUUGUACCUGAACAAUCAAUUGAAUUAUUUGCAGGCUGCAACUGAAUCAUAUUGCGUUGACAGUUUUUUGCUAUAUUUUCCAUUUAUUGUUUUUUGUAUCAAUUUACACAUUCUCCUUGUUAAAAAUGCAUCUAGGUAUAUCAUUUGUCUUGUUAUUCUUCUA